AUGGCUGCUACUACUGUCACGACGGAUGUGACGAAUCUUACACCGGAAGACAUUGCCUUUACCAACGCUCCAACUCUUAUGUCACAGUCUGGCACAAUCUUUGCAUUUUCUGCCGCAAUUGUACUCUUACGUAUGUACGUGCGACUCGCAAUGCUCAAGGCGUUUGGGAAGGAUGACUGGUUCAUGCUGAUUGCCAUGAUCAUGUCGACCACGACCUUUGUGGCAUACGCCCUACAAGUUAACUUUGGUCUUGGAAAACACAUAGCUGUCAUUCAGAUGGACAAAGCCUCACACCGAAGCUUUUUGAGACUUCGUCAAGUGCAUCAAAUUACUGUUGGAAUCGGUCUGACCAUGGUCAAAAUAUCUAUCUGCUUCUUUCUGUUACGUCUGGUAACGAGGAAGGCAUACACUUGGUUUUUACGUGGUUUGAUUGUUUUCCUGGUCCUCUUCGUCGUCGCAUGUACUGGAACCUUGGUAUGUCGCAAACCCCAACAUGCAAUUUGCAUCCAGAUAUUUCAAUGUGUACCAGUCAAGGCUGCCUGGGACACAAGACUCCGUCCACCACCCCUAGGGACCGGAACUGCACAAUGCUUUACCCCACAGACCUUCACCCAGAUCGGCUUGUUCAACACGGUCAUCAACAUCGCCACCGACUUCAUUCUGGCCCUCCUGCCCGUCCCCCUUAUCUGGCAGUUACAGAUCAACCUCCGUACGCGCGUCUCCCUCAUCUUUGUGCUAUCCCUCGGACUCCUCGCCGCAGUCGCCGGCAUCAUCAAAUCCGUAAAACAGCUGAACUUCCUCUCCAGCCCUGAUCGCUACGUCCACGACACAUUUAUGAUAUGGAUGUUAGCAGAAUUCAACCUCGGAAUUAUUGCGUCCUCCUUACCAACCUUGAGACCUCUCUUCGGCAGAUUCCUAGACGCCGCGCGAGGCAUCAAAAGUGCGCCAACCGAUGGUUCAGGCUUCCACGAACCGAACGCGCAAGGCUAUCAUAAACAAGACGACGAGUCCCACAGGAGCAUACCGCUGAAGAAUUAUAAAGGAAGAACUGAGGUUAGGAUAUCUUCAAACCUUCCUCCUGACAAGGCACAUAGGGAUGUGUGGGGCAAUGAGCAGGCGAAAAAUAGCGACGACAGCAUUCUCCCAUUGCACGAUAUUGAAGAUAGGUCCAAUGGCAUCGUCGUGACCAGACAGGUGCGGGUUGAUUGA